CAGUUUAGUUACGAUUUCGAAAACGAACCGACGUCCGCCGCCGGCACUUACCGAGUUUCGAACAGUUUCGAAUAUUUCAGUACCCACUUCCGGUCCAGUUCCGUUCUAAUUGUGUUUGUGUGUGUGAUUUGUGGAUUGGAUUUUUUACUUUUGUUGUUGGUUUUCCCAGCGACGGCAGCUUUCCCCCGCCAGUAAUGACAAACAGCUAGCAAUAUGGGGGUGGCAGACGAUUUUGCCCCAAGCUUCACGCAGAAGCCGCAGCUGAGGCAAGAGGAUGACGGGAACAAGCUGGUCUUCGAGUGCCAGCUCUUCGCAGGUCCCAAGCCUGAAAUCAGCUGGUAUCGCAGUGAUGAACUGCUGAAAGAAGAUAAUAGGACACAGUUUAAAAUCCAGAGUGUGGCAAACAACAAGUACCUGGUGGUACUGGAACUGGAUGAUGUGGUGGAAACAGACGCUGGACUUUACAAGGUUAAAGCUAAGAAUAAGAUGGGCGAGGUGGCCGCCUCCAUCAAUCUUAACUUUAGCCCUGCAGACGAAGAAAAGCAGAAACAAGUAGACGGUAAGGCGCCAACGUUCGCGCGCAAGCCAGCAAUCCGACAAGAAGACGACGGCAAGCGAUUGAUCUUCGAGUGCCGCAUUGAAGCUGAGCCAGUGCCUAGUGUCAGCUGGUCUCAUAACGGGACCGGCGUCUCUCCUAGUGCUAGACACAAGUUAACGGUUAACAAGGACGGCAAAUCUUAUUACGCGUCGCUGGAAAUCAACAAUGUGACUGUUGAAGACGCGGGCAAAUACAGAGUGACCGCUAAGAACGAACUAGGAGAGAGUAACGCUACAAUAAGUUUAAACUUUGACAGCGAUGAAGCGCCCGUACCUGAAGAUUAUAUUAAACCUACUUUUACGGAGAGACCAGUUAUCAGACAAUCGGAAGAUGGUACAAAAAUAACAUUUGAAUGUCGAUGUGUUGGCAAACCGAAACCAACCAUUACAUGGUAUCACGGCAAAAAUAUAGUUAAGGAAAGUAGUCGUUACAAAAUAUCGCUCGAAGAGGAUCAAACGCUGUAUCACAUUGCGCGACUUGAAAUAAUAAACGUAGAGAAUGCAGAUAAAGGUGAAUAUAGGGCUGUUGCCAAAAACAAGCAUGGUGAAGGUGUAGCAAAGAUCAAUUUGAAUUUCCAAAGCGGGGACAAACCUAAAAUUCCUGACGGUAAAGCACCCAGAUUUCCCAAGAAGCCUACUAUUAGACAAGAGGGUGAUAUCCUCAUUAUGGAAUGUAUACUAGAAGCUCAUCCAUUACCAGAUAUAACAUGGUUUCAUGGAGACAAAGAAAUAAAGGAUGGUGUUAAGAUGAAGAUGUCUAGGAAAGCUAUUGGAAAAGACACGUACAAUUUAACGUUAGAAAUAUUAAGCCCCACUGCAGAAGACGGUGGAAAUUAUAGAUGUAACGCCUUUAACUUGUUUGGCGAGAGUAAUGCUAACAUUGCUCUCAAUUUCCAAGGUGGGGAUGACGAAAACGGUUUUGCACCUUCGUUUAUUGAGAAACCGAGAAUUAUUCCCAACGAAGAUGGCACGCUCAUCACAAUGCGUUGUGUUUGCAAGGCUAAGCCGGCGGCUGAAGUCACGUGGUACCGGGGAUCAACCGUCAUUAAAGCUAGUAGUAAAAUUCAAAUCAAAUCAUCAGUCAUUAGCGAAGAUGUUUAUGAAUUAGUGUUGCUUUUAUCAAACCCGACUGCAGCGGAUGGUGGCGCUUACCGCUGUCAUGUCGUAAAUGAGUUCGGAGAAAGUAACGCUAAUCUGAACCUAAAUAUUGAAGCAGAACCAGAGCCUGAGGGUGAAGGUCCGACAUUUGUUGAAAAACCAACUAUUCAAUCAAAGGACAAUGGAAAAUUAGUAGUUAUGGGUUGCAAAGUUAAAGCAAGCCCAAAACCAACAAUCGUCUGGUACCACGAGGGUAAAGAAAUACGGGACUCAUCAAAAAUUAAAACCAGGAUCGAGGUGAAAGAAGAUAUUUAUACCAUAAUAUUAGAACUUAUCGAUCCUGGCAUUGAAGACUCCGGAUUGUAUAAAUGCAAUAUUAAAAAUGAACUUGGGGAGCUCAACGCGAAUUUAACGCUCAAUAUUGAAAUCAUUCCAGUUAUUAAAGAGAAACCAAAGAUCAUUAAAAUAGUUAAGAAGAAGACUGUGAUUGUUGAAUGUAAAGUAUUAAGUAAAUUUGCUCCUGCGUGUACGUGGUUUAAAGAAGCUAGUGCUGUUAAAGAAAGUUCAAGACAUACAGUUUUGAUAGAACCAUCCAGAGAGGGUGAAUUUACAGUUAAGUUAGAAAUUUCGAAUGUUAGCCAACAAGACAAAGGUUCUUACAAAUUGGUUGCUAAAAACGAGAAAGGUGAAGCCACUUCACAAGUCGUGGAGAUCACCGAGAUACCUGAAGAAAAGGGUGAAAAGCCUUCUAUCAUCAAACAUUUUAGAAGCUUGGCUAAAAAAGAAAACGAAGAAGCCGAAUUUGUUGCUGUUUUGAAAACAUCUGAUCAAUCAUGUAGAUGUACAUGGUACAAAAAUUCAACAGUUAUAAGAGAUUCUUCAGAAGUAAAUACAUCGUUUGAUGGUACAAACGCUCGCCUUAUUAUAAGAAAGGUGACAUCAAAAUAUGUCGCAAAUUACAGAGUUGUUAUAAGAAAUGAAUAUGGAGAAGAUGAGUCUAGUGCAGAUUUAACCCUUGUUGAGGAAAAGAAAAAGAAAAAGGAGGAAGAGGAAGAAGAAACUACGGUGAUUGAGGAAUCUGAAGAAGAAAUGUCAAUCGUAGAAGAAAAAUCAAUUAUUGAAGAAAAUCAUGUCGAGGAAAGAAAAGAACAGAAAAAACAAGCGGAGGAGGAAGAAACUACUAUCAUCGAGCAGAAAAAGGCAGCUGCUAAAAAGGUUACAAAGAAGCAGGAAAUGAAAAUUGAAACUCAAAAUGAAGAAGUCUCAGUUGAAGCAAAGAAGUCUGAAACAAAAGCUGAGGCUAAAACAGUUGAGACUAAAGUUCAAGAAAUAAAGAAAGCUGAAGUAGAACAAGAAGAGACCAAGAAAAUUUUAGAGAAGAAGACUGCAAAGACAGAAGAAGAGAAAAAAGCACUCUUAGAAAAGAUUGAAAGUAAGAAAAAACCAGAGCCUGAACCAGAAAAGAAAAUUGAGGGAAUUCCCAAGCUCAAACCGGUUAAGCCAAAAGAAGAACCAAAAGAUGAGUCGGAAAAAACUACCAAGAAAACAGAAGAAAAGAAGAAAGUUAUUAAAAAGAAGGUUAUUAAGAAGAAAGAAGAAGAUGAAUUCAACUUUGAUGACGAUUAUGAGCGCCCUGUUCUGGAGAAGUACGAAAGAAUCACACCUACACCACUCCAAAAAACACCUAAGGUUGAUGAUACACCAAAGACCAAGCGUGCUUCAAUUUCUGAAAGUACUAAGAAGCCACAAGAAGAACCAGAAGAGAAACCUAAAGAUACUACUACUUCAGACAAAGACCACAAAAUAGAUACAAAUGAUGAGGUUGUUGAAGAAACAAGAAGAACAAGUAUUAAAAAAGGUAUUCGGAAACCUGAAGAACCUAUUGAUGAAAUAUCACAGAUAAAAUUAUCAAAAACUCCUACAAAACCAACUGAAAUACAGACUGAAGAACCCCAAAGCGCUCAAUCUAAAAAGGCUAUUAAAAAGCCUGAAGAACAGAAAGAGUUUGUCGAUGAUUACGAAAGACCAGACCUCGAAAAAUACGAUAAGGUUUCUCCAUCGUCUCUUGAUAAAACAAAGAAAGAAAAUGGUAUUUCUGAGGAACCAUCAAAAUAUGUAGACGAUUAUAAAAAGCCUGAGCUUGAAAAAUACGAAAAAGUUACACCUACACCAAAAGACAUACGUCGUCCAAGUGAUACUCAGGAUGAGACGGAUAUGAUGACUGGUAAAAUUAAGCCUAAACCAAAAGAUGGUGAAACAGAAAUGCCUGCACUCCGAAAACGAACUAUCGUUAAAGAUAAGGAGGAGGAGAAAAAUUCUGAUGAGAAACCAAAGCCCAAAACUACCAAGAAAGAUGACACUAAACCAAAGAAACGUUCAUCUCUUAAACAGAAAGAGGUUGAUGAAGAAGAAUUUAUUGAUGAUUAUGAGAGGCCAGUUCUUGAGAAAUACGAAAGAAUUACUCCAACUCCUAUAGAGAAAAAGAAGAAGGAGGAAAAACUUCCAAAAGAGAUCCACUCCACUUCAUUCGUACAACGUCAGUCAGUAAAAGAUAAUGAUAAACUUGAGCCAAUGGAAAUUGACGAGAAUGAAGAUUAUCCAGGAACAGAAUACAAAGCUAAACCAAAGAAAGAUGAAGAUACAACAACAAAAACACAAACAUACCAAAAUGCACAAAAUGAACCAAUGGAAGAAGACGAUAGUUAUGAAACAGAGACACGAUCGGUAGGGCCAAAGAAAGAAAAAACGCAAAAGUAUCCUUCUCUCAAAGAAGAAGAGGACAUUCCAAAACACACUGACGCCAGAAACCAAACAAAACCCGAAAAAGAUAGCAAAUAUGUGACCUCACCUACAGAUACCGAUAGCCCAAUUGUUAAGGAUGACGACGAACCGAUCAUUGAUAAAUCAAAACGUAAAGAAAACGUCACUAAAAUAAAACCGAAAGAAUCAGAUGAACCAGAAGAAGUUGCAAAACCACUUCUCCGCAAACAAUCUAUUAAAACAAAGGAUGAUGAGCAGACAACGGAUGAUAAAGAGAAUAUUAAACCGAUUAAAAAAGUUAAAACAAUUUCGAAAAAGCGUCCUUCUUUAAAAACAAAAGAGGUUGAGGAAGAAGAAUUUGUCGAUGAUUAUGAGAGACCUGUCCUUGAAAAAUACGAAAAAAUCACGCCGACACCAAUUGAAAAAAAGAAAAAGGAAGAAAAGACACCUGAGGAUGUUCCUUCUUCAACUGUUCAGAGACGCCGUUCGGUCAAAGGCAAAGAUAAACCAGAGCCGAUGGACGUUGAUGAAAAUGUCAAUUUGUCUGCACCGAAAAAACCAGGAAAACCUGAACUGGAAGACGUUACACUUACACACAAAACACCCGCUGAUAGUACACCCACGGUGGAUGAAGCCGAAGCAAAACUAAAGGUUAGAAAGCCUGAAGUUGUAGAAGACGCCACCAUCAAACGGCCUUCGGAUAAACCUAAAAAGGGAGAGGACACCGAAGAGUCAGUCAGCCUCACCAAACCCAAAACUAAGACAAGCACAACUGCUCCUGAAGAUGCAUCACUGACACAAAAAACUCCAGCAAAGAAAAAGCCGACGGAGGGUUCUGAAGCUGCUAAGCUCAAAAUUAAAAAGCCAGCUGUCGUUAAGAAAGAUAAUGAAGACGAUGUUGGGGAACCACUCACGAUACAAGGUGGUAAAUUCCAAGUACCACAACUUAAGAAAACAACAAAGAAAACACAAGACAAGCCCAAAAAUGCCACUGCUACUGACAAUGAAACCGCGGAUGGGUACCAACUGGACUUCGUCGACGACUACGAGAGACCGGUAUUGGAGAAAUAUGAGAAGAUAACGCCAACUCCAACAGUUCGCGAGAAGAAAGAAAAAGAAGUUACACAGGUCGCACAUGCAGAACAGCAUUUAUCUGUAAAGACCGACAGCAGGCGUACAUCAUCUGCGUCCAUUCAAAGUGAAGUCGAAAUGAAGUCCGAGAGCCGCAGGAGUUCGAUAAUCGAGAACAAAGCAAUAAAGAUGACGAAGGAAUCUGCUGAAAGCAGAAAGUCUUCCAUAUCUUCGAUAUCGGAACAACAGGAAGUUUCUACUUUGAGAAAGGGAUCACUGAAGACUGCUGUAAAACAAGAGGCUCAAGUGAAUGAAUUAGAGAAAGUUAAGUUAAAGGAUGACACCAUUGAAGAUAUUAAUGACACACCAGACUCACCUCAAUGGCGACCUACGCACACAGACACACAGGUGACAGACAAGUCUCAGCCAAAACGUAGUAUUAGCUUAGAUCAAACGAAACCCAAAGAUGAUGUUAACGGUAGACGAAGACACAGCAAAGUUGAGGAUACCGAAGAUGUAACCGAAACAAAUGAGACAAAUAUCAAACGAAAAACAUCACUAGAUAAACCUAUUGAUUCCACAUAUCCGUGGCGUCGAUCUAGUAAAGUUGAGGAAAAAGAUGAUUCGGACGAAGAGUUCUUUAAAAAGAGAGAUAUCCGCCGAAAAACAUCUAUUGAUCGACCUACUCACCCUAGUUUUCCGUGGAAGCCCUAUACAGAGGAUGAGGAUUCCUUGACCAAUGAAACACUUGGGUCAGAUAAACCAACGUCAGUAUUGAAUAAAAAUAAUGAUUUGGCUCACACAACAAAGACAGCUACAUCAGACAUAUCUCAAACAACACAGAUUCCUUUACAGCUUCUGCUUGAAACAGAGGACACAACAAAAGAUAUCUUAGGAAAGCUAGAAUCCGUGAUAAAUCAAGCUGAUCAAGUAAAACAGAACAACGACAAUAUUACACUAUUACAUAAUCCAUUAGAUGAUAAAACAGAUAAAGACGAAAUAUAUCCAUGGCGCCGUCAAAGUAGAACAGUUGAGGAGCCAAUGAAGGUACAAGAAGAAAAAGUAAAUAAUGAUUUAACGAAACCAAAGGUACCACAAAACGUUACACAAACUGACGCAACAGAUAUCUCACAAAAAACACUAUACCCUUGGAGAAAACAAAAAGAGAUUCCAGUUCUAAUAACCCCAGAGCCGGAUAAAAAACAAAGCGAGGUGCCAUUCUCGUGGCAAGUUAUUCCUGAAAUUCCGCAGGCUGAACAAACACCAGAACUAGAGGAUAAUUACAAACCAACUUUACGUGAACAAGAUAUUGCACCCUGGAGAAGAUCACGAUCUCCUCAGGCUGAAAUAAACAUCCAGGACGAGAGAAAGGCUUCAUUAGCACACAAUCAGUUACCUGACGAGAAAGUGGCUCACAAAGAAGUAGCGGUAGAAGAAGAAGCUAAGAAAGCAAAGGUCACUUCAGUGAAGAAAAAGGCCGAGGAACUGCCUGAGAUUGCUGACUAUGAUAGACCUGAUCUAGAGAAAUAUGAGAAGAUUUCACCCACUCCCACGACCAGGGAAAAACCAGAAAAAGAGCAGGCUGAGAAGCCUAAAGUGCCCGAAAUCAAGGCACCUGAAGAACCACCAGCUGCGCCUAAGAUUGAAGUUAUUAAAGAGAAGUCACCAAAACCAGAAAUGCCUCGUAAACCAUCGCUAUCACCAGCUCCUCCAGCAAGACGUGGGUCUCUCAUUCCUCCGCCGGAGGAAAUGGGUAGACGCCCUUCACUCCUUAUCAGCGAUGAGGAGAAUAGAAAACUAAGACCUGGUGAAGUGAUCGAAGAGAAGAAGGUCACGAAAUUACGGCCAGGCGAAGUUUUAGACGAGAAAAAGCGAAGAAAAUCCGGUGAUUCAAGAAGACCAUCGAUCCAGGACUUGGAGGACUUAAUCAACAAGCCUUCAACACCUCUUAAGCCCACUGGAAAUGACGGCCCACCAAUUGUCGAGGCCCAAGAGAACUACAGUGCCGUUGAAGAUCAAACUGGAUACAUCCAGGUGUCGGUGGAGGGUAACCCCCCACCAACAUUCAAAUUCUACAAAGGCGUCACUGAGAUUAUCGAAGGUGGUCGCUUCAAAUUCGUCACAGAUGGCGAAGCGGGUCUCGUUACGUUAUGUAUGCGAAAGGUUAAACCUAAUGAUGAAGGUACAUACAAGGUGGUUGUUAGCAACAUCAAUGGCGAAGACUCGGCUGAAACACAGCUUUACGUCUCAGACGCCAGUGGUAUGGACUUCCGUGCCAUGUUAAAGAAACGGAAAUACAAGAAAUGGGACGAAAACAAAGGUGAUCCAAACUGGGGUGAUUUGAAGGAGGUUGAAAAACCUCUACCUGCUCUAAAAAAGGUUGAAAAGGGAUUAGAAACUGGAUAUUUUGAAGACGAAGGGAAUAUUGUGGUUGUGUCAGAAGGUCGAGAGAUGCUUAGAUUUCCGGCACAGCGCAGAAACUCCUCAAACUGGUCCUGGUUUAAGGAUAUAUUUAAAAAUCGGAGACGAAUGUCUCUGCCUGAAAUAAUACCCGAUUGGCCUGACUUGAUGGAGGCUGUCAAAACGAAGAAACAAGAGUCCUUCUUGAAGCCACUUGUUGACCAAAAUGCUAAGGAGGGCAAAGACAAAAAGGUUACCUUCGAGGCGAUCUUCUCGAAGCCAAAUUCUAAGCCGAAAUGGUUCUUCCGUAAGGAUGAACUUUUCCCUGGCUCGAAGUAUAAGAUGACAAAUGAACAGGAUUCGUACAAAUUGAUUAUUUUCAACCCGAAAGUGGAAGAUACUGGAAAAAUUACAAUUGAAAUUGGUGGUGUUUCUUGCACUGCGUUCCUGCAAGUAGAAGAGCCAGAUCCUACAUAUAGUUUCACGAAGCAUUUGAAGAAAACUUUGACAGGGUACACGAAGCAUGAGGUGGUCUUGGAGUGUACUAUUUCAAGCAGUCUCGCUAUUGUAUCUUGGUGGAAAGGAGAAGAAAAGAUCGAAGAUAGCGAUGAUGUUACCAUAUCAAAGGAUCUGUCUGGUGUUUGUAAGUUGAUCAUAAAGAAAGCUAAAUUGGAAGAUGCAGCCAAGUACUCAUGUCGAAUUGAGAAGCAGACUGAUAAGACUGAGUGUGAUUUGAAGAUCGUAGAAUACCAAUACAAAUUCACCAAGGUCCUGAAGUCACAACAAGCUAUUGAAAAAGACACGAUAACAUUACUCUGUGAGCUGGACGAUGCUGCUGGUGAUGUUAAAUGGUUCAAGAACGACCAGCCUCUGAAGGUAGACAAACGAGUAUCCAUAGUAAAGGAAGGUCGUAAGCGUAAGGUCGUAAUCAAAGAUGCUAAAGUAACAGAUGCAGGCCACUUCAAGUGUGUCAGCAAUGCUGAUGAGACUACUUGCGAAUUGAUAGUCAAUUACUCUAAUCGCUUCAAUAAGAAGUUGAAGGAUACAGAAGGAAUUGAAAGGGAAAAGAUGGUUCUGGAAGUGGAACUCCAGGAUCAGACUGCGGAAGCUGUUUGGUCUUUCAAUGGAGAGCCCAUUGUUCCCAAUGAGAGGAUUGAAAUCAAAAACCUGGGUGGUGGUAAGCACCAGCUGAUCUUUAACAAGCUGGAAAUGGAAGAUGAUGGAGAGAUCGUCUGUGAAUCUGGCAAACUUCAAUCGUCAUGUAAGCUGUCUGUGAAGAAGGGAGAGUCCAAGCCAAUGAUUGAGUGUCCUGAUGAAUUCCACGGUACUGCUGGUCAUCCUUUCGUUAUCGAGGUGCCUUAUAAAAUAACCGGCAACAGACAAACACAAAUCGAAGCGAAACUUAUCAAGGACGGUAAAAUCCUACCUAACAAGGAAGUCGAAGCCGUGGUUGAACAAGAGAAGGUUCUAUUCAAGAUCAAAAAGCCAGUCCGAGAAGCAUCCGGAAAGUACCAGAUCAAACUAUCGAAUGCUCAAGGUGAAGACUCGAAGGACGUCACCAUUAGCAUGCAGAGUGAACCAACACCGCCACAGAAUGUGGAAGUCAGCGAGAUCUUCCAGACUUCGUGUGUGGUUACGUGGAAGACGCCUCAAGAUGAUGGUGGUUCACCGAUCAUCAAAUAUAUCAUUGAACGACAGGAUCUGUCUCUAAAAGCAGCGUGGGAUAACGUUGGUGAAGUUGCUCAAGGAGAACCAACCAAAUACAAAGUGGAAGACCUCAUUCCCAAAAAGACUUACAAGUUUAGAAUACGUGCGGUUAACAAGAUUGGUUCUAGUGAACCGGGACUCUUCGCCAAGCCAGUUUUAGCUAAAGAUCCUUGGGAUGAACCAUCCAAACCCAAAGGCGUGGAACUCACAGACUGGGACAAAGACCACGCAGACCUGAAGUGGGAGAAACCAGACAAUGAUGGAGGCGCCGCCAUCACCGGAUACCAAGUGGAAUAUAAGGAAAAAUUCGGCAAAGACUGGGUGAAGGGUGUGGAAGUAUCUGGUGAUACACUUAAAGCAACUCAGGAUGGACUAAAAGAGGGAUGUACCUAUGAGUUCAGGGUUCGUGCCAUUAACAAGGCCGGUCCUGGUGAACCUAGUGAUAGCACUAAGCCUAUUAUCGCUAAGUGUAGAUUUGUGAAACCAUACAUUGUUGGCGAGGGUCUUCAGAGUAUGAUCAUCAAGAAGGGUCAGGUUAUCUCGUUUGACAUCAAGUAUGGUGGUGAACCAGAACCUGAAGUGAAAUGGAUGAAGGGUGAAGAGAGACGCGGAAAGCCGUUCACGGAGAAGGAAAUUAAUGAAGAUGGUGAACGUAUCACCAUUGAUAAGUACGAGAGGAACACGGUUCUCACCGUAAGGAAGACCACGCGACCGGAUAGUGGAAAAUACAAGCUGGUGUUGACCAACUCAUCUGGUACCUGCGAAAGUAUUGGAGAUGUCGUUGUACUUGAUAAACCCAACAAGCCUAACGGUCCGAUCGAAGUUACGGAAAUCCGCGCGGAGAAGGCGACUGUCAAAUGGCAGAAACCAGACGACUGGAAGGGAUCCGAUAUCACUGGAUACACGCUGGAGAAACUCGAUAUGGAUACUGGAAACUGGAUCCCGUGUGGCGAGACUGGCCCAGAACCGACUCAGUUUACCGUCACAGGUCUUACCCCCAACCACAAGUACAAGUUCAGAGUUCGAGCCGUCAACAAGGAGGGAGAGUCUGAACCUUUGGAAACUGAUGGAUUCAUCGUUGCGAAGAAUCCAUAUGAUCCUCCAAAGGCUCCAGGAAAGCCAACUAUUAUUGAUUAUGAUAAUAUGUCUGUGACCCUACAAUGGGAGCCACCAACUGACAAUGGUGGUCGCCCGGUGUUGGGUUAUGUAAUUGAGAUGAAGGACAAGUUCUCACCAGAUUGGAUUGAGGUUAUUAAAACAACAGACACCAAGACAGAGGCGAAGGUAGAAGGUCUUAAAGAGAAGAUGAUCUACCAGUUCAGAGUAAAAGCAUAUAAUAAGGCUGGUGUUGGUGAAGCUUCUGAGCCCACCGCAAACCACCUCUGCAAGCAUAGGAACUUGAAACCUCGCAUUGAGCGCAGUACCUUUAAGUCUGUGAUAAUCAAGGCUGGACGUACACACAAGUGGUCAGUGGAUGUUAUUGGUGAACCUCCACCAGAAAAGACCUGGUCUUGGCGCGAAAACAUCAAGCUAGUCAACACAGAACGUAUUAAGAUUGAGAAUCAAGAUUACCACACAGAUUUCACAAUCGUGAACGCUGUAAGACGUGACACUGGCCAAUAUACCUUGAGAAUUGAGAACUGCAAUGGUUUUGAUCAAGAGACAGUUGAACUUACAGUACUUGGCAAGCCCAGCUCGCCCAAAGGCCCUCUCGAAGUAUCAGACAUCCACGCGGAAGGCUGCAAGGUUAGGUGGGAGAAACCAGAAGACGACGGUGGUUCUCCCAUCAAAGAAUAUGAGUUGGAGAAAAUGGAUCUUGCAACAGGAAAAUGGGUGCGCGUGGGCAGGGUUGCUGGUGACAAGAAACCAUUGGAAAUGGAGGUGACCGGUCUAGAACCAGGUCAUCAGUACAAGUUUAGAGUGACAGCUGUCAAUGAUGAGGGUGACUCGGAGCCUUUGGAGACUGAAAAGGCCAUACUCGCUAAAAAUCCGUUUGAUGUGGCCGAAAAGCCAGGCAACGUGGAGGUGGCUGAUCACGACAACCAAAGUGCGGAGAUCAAAUGGGACCCUCCCAAAAACGACGGAGGCGCGCCUAUUCAGAAGUAUAUCAUACAAAAGAGGCCCAAAGGCGGAGAUUGGGAGAACGCCGCUGAGGUUCCUGGAAGCGCAACAAGUGGCAAAGUCGAUGGCUUACCUGAAGGAAGCGAAUACGAGUUCCGCGUGAUCGCAGUUAACAAGGCAGGACCUUCGGAGGCCUCUGAACCCACCAAGAUGACUACAAUUAGACAUAAAGCAUUGAAACCACGCAUCGACCGAACCAACUUGAAGGCAAUUGCGGUGCGCGCAGGCAAACCCAUAUUCUUCGACGUCAACGUCAGAGGAGAACCCGCGCCCAAGGUGCAGUGGUUCCAGAAGUGGAAGGACGUCGAGAAAGAGGUCACAGAAAACGUUAUCAAUGUGGAUUACAACACGAAACUGGACAUCAAGGAGUCGGUCCGCGCUAUGACCGGGACGUACCGUAUUCUAGCGACAAACGAGCACGGAAAGGAUGAGGCCGAAGUGGAAAUCACUGUCCUCUCAUCACCAAGCAAACCUGGCGGUCCACUCAAGGUCACGGAUGUUACGAAGAAUGGCUGCAAGUUGGCCUGGAAGAAGCCGGAAGAUGAUGGCGGUAAACCCGUGACAGGUUACGUAGUAGAGAAAUUGAACAAGGCGACUGGCCGUUGGGUUCCGGUUGGAAAGACCGAUGACACAGAGAUGGAGAUUAAGGGAUUACAGGAAGGAGAAGAAUAUGAGUUCAGGGUUAAGGCUGUCAAUGACGAAGGAGAGUCGGAACCGCUUAAGACUGACCACUCUAUCGUUGCUAAGAAUCCUUACGAUAUCCCUGGUAAGCCAUCUGUACCAACUAUUGAGGACUGGGACGUGGAUCGCGUAGACUUGAAAUGGGAAGCUCCCAAAAACAAUGGAGGCGCUCCCAUCACUGGCUACAUUAUUGAGAAGAAGGACAAGUUCGGAACAUGGCAGGAAGCUCUGGUUACGACUACGCCGGAGUGCAAAGCUCGCGUGCCUGAGUUGAAAGAAGGCAACACAUACCAAUUCCGAGUAAGAGCGGUGAACAAGGCGGGUCCGGGUGAACCGGGCGAACCCACGCAACCUCAUCUCGCCAAGGCUAGAUUCUUGAAACCGCACAUCAACCGCGACAAAAUGGUGGCGAUCCGUGUUCGAGCUGGUACCACUAUCAAAUUGGAUGUUGACAUCAAGGGUGAACCUCCACCGACCAAGACUUGGAAGUUUGCCAACAAGGUCAUCGAGACCGGUCCAGGUGUAAAACUGGAGAAUGAGGACUACAACACCAAACUGCAGAUAUCAGAGUCCUCGUGGAAGAACACUGGCAUUUACACCCUGAAAGCGGAAAACGAUUCUGGAGUGGACGAGGCCACUGUUGAGAUUACUGUACUUGACAAGCCAGGCAAACCCGAAGGUCCGCUGGAAGUAUCCGAUGUGCACGCGGAACACGUGAAGCUGUCCUGGAAGAAACCCAAGCACACGGGAGGAUUGCCUCUCAGCGCCUUCAUCAUUGAGAAGAUGGACACGCUCACUGGCAAAUGGUCACCCGCUGGUACCAUUGAUCCGGAUGUUACUGAGGCUACAGUUACAGGACUUGAACCGGGUCACACAUACCAAUUCCGUGUGAAGGCCCUCAACGAGGAAGGAGAGUCCGAGCCAUUGGAGACGGACCACGGCAUUCUCGCAAAGAACCCGUACGAUGUCCCAUGUCCCCCUGGACUUCCGGAUAUCGUGGAUUGGGACGAGAAAUCUGUGAAAUUGAAGUGGGAGCCCCCGAUACGGGACAACGGAGCACCCAUUACUGGAUAUAUCAUUGAAGCAAUGGACAAAGACCGUGGAGAGUUUGUCAAGAUGGCAGAAGUACAAGGCAACAUCUGCCAAGGCACUGUACCCAAACUCGAAGAGGGCAACCAGUACCAGUUCCGGGUACGAGCUGUCAACAAGGCUGGAAAAUCUGAGCCUUCGGAGAACACCAACUGGCACACUGCUAAGCCAAGAUUCUUGAAGCCACGCAUCGACCGCACAAACCUGAACCCGAUCACCGUCAAGGCUGGUCUUCCUGUCUCCUUGGACGUGAAGGUAUUCGGUGAGCCGCCAGCCACCGUCACGUGGCACUUCAACGGCCAGGAACUCGCCAACCGCGAGAACCUGGAGAUCAUCAACGUGGACUACAAUACCAAGUUCUUGAUGAUGAAGAGCAAACGCGCCAACAGCGGCAAAUACGUGAUUAAGGCGAAGAAUGAAGUCGGCGAGGACGAGGCUGAAGUGGAGAUUAUUGUUGUUGGCAAGCCGUCCAAACCAAAGGGACCCUUGGAAGUGGCAGACGUGACUAAGAACGGAUGUACAUUGACCUGGCAGAAGCCGGAAGACGAUGGUGGAUCACCCAUCGAAUACUAUGAGAUUGAAAAACUCGAUCCACUCACUGGUCAAUGGCUCCCUUGCGGCACAGCAAAGGACUGCAAAGCAAAUGUAACAGGCUUACAGGAAGGCAAACCUUACAAGUUCAGAGUUAAGGCUGUUAACAAGGAGGGAGAGUCAGAGGAAUUGGAGACUGAUAAGACCAUCAUAGCUAAGAAUCCAUUUGAUGAGCCCGGCAAGCCUGGUAGACCCGAGCCACGCAACUGGGACAAGGACUUCGUUGAUUUGGAAUGGUCAGCGCCGAAAGAUGACGGUGGGGCUCCCAUUACUGGAUACAUCAUACAGAAGAAGGAGAAGGGCAGCAGAACAUGGCAAGACUGUCUUCGUACAACUGGCGAUCGUCCAACGGGCCGUGUGACAGACGUGGAAGAAGGCCACGAAUACCAAUUCCGGGUUAUCGCCCAGAACAAGGCAGGCCCCGGAGAACCUUCCGAGCCAAGCAAAUCCGUUAUUGCUAAGCCGAGAUUCUUGGCUCCACGCAUCGACCGCAAGAACCUUCAAAAACGCAAGGUCAAGGUGGGUCAGACGCUUAAGUUUGAAGCUGACGUGAAAGGCGAACCUGAACCCACGAUAACUUGGAUGCUCAAUGAGAAACCCCUCAAAGUCGAGGAGCGUCUCAAGAUUGAGAACCAGGAUUACCACACCUCGUUCACCCUGCAAAAGGUGACGAGAGCUGAUGGUGGAAAGUAUGUGGUGACAGCCAAGAAUGACACGGGAGUCGACAGUGUGGAGAUUGAAGUUAUGGUCGUCAGCAAACCGGCGAAACCUAAGGGACCUUUGAAGGUUUCUGACGUAAAAGCAGACGGAUGCAAGCUCCAAUGGGAGGCUCCCGAAGACGAUGGAGGGGAACCUAUCGAAAGCUACGUCGUGGAACGCAUGGACACGGAAACCGGACGCUGGGUGCCCGUUUGUACCACAAAGACGCCAGAAGCUGACGUCACAGGCUUGAACGAGGGCAAGGACUACCUGUUCCGAGUGAAGGCGGUGAAUCCAGAGGGAGAGAGUGAGCCGUUGGUCACUGAGACCGCGACCACGGCUAAGAAUCCUUAUGGCGAGCCGGAUGCGCCAGGCAAACCGGAGUUCAAGGACUGGAGUGCGAACCACGUAGACCUGAAGUGGGAGAAGCCAGCAAACGAUGGUGGAGCUCCCAUCACCGCUUACAUCGUGGAGAAGAAGGACCGGGACACUGGCAAAUGGGUUAAGGCUGUUGAGGUGCCUGGCACCAAGACUGAAGCCCGAGUGCCGGAUCUGAUUGAGGGCAAGACUUAUCAGUUCCGAGUGAAGGCUGUGAACAAGGCUGGCCCCGGAAAGCCCUCCACCGCCACUGACAACUUACUGGCUAAGGACAGAUUUGCCCCACCACGUAUCGACCGCACAAACAUGCGUGAUCUGACGCUGAAGGCUGGCCAGAAUAUCAGGCUGGACAUCAAGGUCACUGGCGAACCAGCUCCUACAAAGACUUGGUUCCAGAACAAAGAGCGUCUGUCAACACGAGACGAUCUCACGGUGGACGUGGAAGACUACAGGACCAAGUUAUCGGUGAUCAUCGCGUCUCGCAAGCACAGCGGCACGUACGUGCUGAAGGCGGAGAACAGCAGCGGAAAGGACGAGGCCUCCAUACAAGUCAUCGUAUUGGAUGUGCCAGCUAAACCCGAAGGACCGCUUAAAAUUUCGGACGUACACAAAGAAGGCUGUACGCUCAAAUGGAACGCCCCGUUGGACGACGGUGGUGCUCCGAUCGAUCACUACUUGGUCGAGAAGCUCGAUACAGAAACCGGCAGAUGGCUGCCAGCCCUCAAGACUAAGGAACCGAAGGCUGAAAUUGAGAACCUGGUUCCAGGACAUGAAUACAAGUUCAGAGUUUCUGCUGUCAAUAAUGAAGGCGUUUCAGAACCAUUGGAAGCAGACCACUCCAUCAUUGCGAAGAAUCCGUUCGAUGAGCCCGGCAAGCCCGGAACACCGGAAGUGGUCGACUGGGACAAAGAUCAUGUUGACCUCAAAUGGCAGAAGCCUAUUAAAGAUGGAGGUGCACCCAUCACUGGGUACAUUAUUGAGAAACGGGAAGUUGGAUCGCCCAAAUGGGUCAAGGCUUGUGAGGUCGGUCCUAAUGACAACGAAAAAGCCACAGUGGGUAACUUGGACGAAGGCACCGAAUACGAGUUCAGGGUGCGAGCUGUUAACGAGGCUGGUCCUGGUGAACCUAGCGAUGCCAGCAAAUCUGUUACCUGCAAACCUAGGAGAUUGGCACCAAAGAUCGACCGCCGUAGUUUACGUGCCAUCAAAGUACGUGAAGGCGAACCUAUCUCAUUGGACGUUAAAGUUUCCGGUGAACCACCACCAGAUGUCGCUUGGUCUCUCAACGGAAAGAUGGUCACUAGCGGUAACGGACUUAAACUGGUUAAUGUUCCGUAUAUGAGCAAGUACCAGCAUUCAAGUCCGCGAAGAAAGGAUUCCGGCGUAUACAAGAUCCAGGCGGUCAACAAGUACGGAUCAGACACGGCCGAAGUUGAAAUUACUGUUGUUGGCAAGCCGGAUAAACCCGAAGGACCAUUAGAAGUGUCAGACAUUCACAAAGAAGGAUGUACGCUGAAGUGGAAGAGACCUAAAGAUGACGGAGGCGAACCCAUCGAGGCCUAUCUGGUGGAGAAGUACGACACAGAAACCGGCACUUGGCUGCCAGUCGGGAAGACUAUUGGCAAUGUUCCCGAGAUGGAGGUUGACGGAUUAACACCUGGCCACGAGUACAAGUUCCGAGUGAAGGCGAUCAACAAGGAGGGCGAGUCUGAACCUCUCGAAACCUUCGGACCUAUUGUUGCGAAGGAUCCAUUUACUGUCCCAGAAGCACCAUCUGCGCCAGUGCCAGACGACUGGUCGGCCAACCACGUGGACCUCAAGUGGGAGCCUCCUGUUUCCGAUGGAGGGUCACCGGUCAUUGGUUACAUCGUGGAGAUGAAGGACAAAUACAGCCCGUUAUGGGAAAAGGCUGUUGAGACGCAUACGCCUAACCCAGCUGCUACUAUUAACGGCUUGAUCGAAGGUAACGAAUACCAGUUCCGCGUGAUCGCAAUAAACAAGGCUGGCCAGAGCAAGCCUUCGGAGUCCAGUAAAAACUUCGUGGCUAAACCGCGAUUCCUCGCUCCGAAGAUCGACAGGCGCUACCUUCGCGACGUGACCCUGUCUGCCGGAUCCACUCUUAAGUUGGAAGCCGCCAUCACUGGAGAACCAGCUCCGGCUGUGGAAUGGAGAUACCAGAACAUGCCACUGCGCUCAUCCAAGGCUGUGACAAUCGACUCACCGGAGUACUUCACGAAACUGAUAGUACGGCCUGUGAGAAGGGACGAUACCGGGGAAUACACCGUGACGGCGGCCAAUUCCAGUGGAAAAGACACUGUCACUAUCAAUGUGUUGGUCACCGACAAGCCAAUGAAGCCAGAGGGACCUUUACAGAUAUCGGACGUUCACAAGGACGGCGCUACCCUGAAGUGGAAGAGGCCGAAGGACGAUGGUGGAGCUCCGAUCGAAUAUUACCAGAUCGACAAACUGGACACCGAGACUGGCGUCUGGGUACCUUGUGCUAGAUCUGAUGAACCAAAAUGUGAUGUCACAAACCUGACACCUGGCAAAGAGUACCAGUUUAGAGUAGCGGCGGUCAACUCGGAAGGAGAAUCUGAACCAUUAGUCUCGGAGACUAGCAUUGUUGCUAAGAACCCGUAUGAUGAACCUGGUGCACCUGGAACGCCGUCAGUGACCGACUGGGACAAGGACCACGUGGACCUCAAAUGGACUCCGCCCACCGAAGAUGGUGGAGCUCCCGUUGAAGGAUACAUCGUGGAGAAGAAGGACAAGUUCGGAAACUGGGAGAAGGCGUUGGAAGUUCCUGCUGAUAAGACAAACUGCACUGUUCCUGACCUGGUCGAAGGACAGACUUAUGAGUUCCGAGUCCGUGCGGUCAACAAGGCUGGUCCGGGAGUGCCAAGCGACAGUACCCACCCGAUUGUGGCCAAACCCAGAAAUCUGGCCCCUAAGAUUGACAGGACCAACCUCAUUGAUAUCAAGAUCAAGGUUGGACAGAAGUUUGCCUUUGACGUUAAGGUAUCUGGAGAACCAAUGCCUGAAACCAAAUGGUUCUUGGGCAAGCGGGAAGUUAAAUCGAGCGGUGAUGUUAAAGUACAGCAUUCGGACUAUAACACCAAAAUAACCUGCAAAGCGGCGAGAAGAGGCGAUAGCGGGAAAUACACAAUUACUGCUGAAAACGUCAACGGCAAAGAUGUCGCUGAAGUGGAAGUCAUUGUGCUGGACGUGCCCAGCCCGCCUGGAGGACCACUUAAGGUCUCCGACGUCCAUGCAAACGGUGCUAAGCUAUCAUGGAACCCACCAGGAGACGACGGUGGUCAACCCAUAGAGAAGUACAUCGUCGAGAGGAUGGAUGAAGCCACCGGAAGAUGGGUAAACGCCGGAGAAACCGAUGGACCCACGACUAACUUGGCAGUUGACGGAUUACAACCUGGACACAAGUACAAGUUCAGGGUCCGAGCUGUUAAUAGGCAAGGAAAAUCAGAGCCAUUAACGACACCGCAUGCAACAGAGGCCAAGAAUCCCUUCGAUGUCGCAGGCAAGCCUGGAACGCCCAGGAUCAAGGACUUCGACAAAGACUUUGUGGAACUGGACUGGACUAGACCAGACAGCGAUGGCGGUGCUCCCAUUACUGGAUAUGUUAUCGAGAAGAAAGAUAGAUUUGCGCCAGACUGGGAAGAAUGUGCACAGAUCGAGGGUGACGUUACAUCUGGUAAAGUUCCCGACCUGAUCGAAGGCAACACCUACGAGUUCAGAAUUCGUGCCGUAAACAAGGCUGGCAAAGGUGAACCCAGUGACGGAACGGCGCCACACCUUGCGAGGCCUAAAAACCUGCCUCCCAAGAUCGACAGAAACUUUAUGUUCGAUAUCAAAAUCAAAGUGGGACAAAACUUUGAAUUGGACGUUCCAGUUAUCGGAGAACCGACACCCACGAAAGAAUGGCUUCACGAAUCAAAUCUCGUUUACAAUGCGGACAGAGUUAAGAUCGUCAAUGACGAUCAUUCGUCUAAAAUCAGGGUGGUAGACGCUAAACGUGCAGACACAGGAAUAUACACGCUUAAAGCCAAGAAUAUCAACGGAACCGAUUCAGCCACAGUCAAAAUCCUCGUCAUGGACGUCCCGACGGCUCCUGAAGGACCGUUGCGGGCCGAUGAUAUUACAAAGAACGGUUGCUCACUAAGAUGGAGGCCGCCUAAAGACGACGGUGGCUGCGAGAUUACACACUACGUUAUCGAGAAGAUGGAUCAAGAAAACCUGCGCUGGAUUCCAGCCGGUGAAGUCCAAGGCUGUCACAUUCGUAUCGAUCACUUGAUUGAAGGACACGAUUACAACUUCCGCGUCCGCGCUGUCAACAAGCAAGGAGAAUCUCAGCCAUUGGUCGGCACCGAGCCGAUCACCGCUAAAGAUCCCUACGGUACGCCCGACAAGCCUGGAACUCCUGUCGUCAAAGACUGGGACAAAGAUCACAUGGAUAUCGAAUGGGUCCCGCCCAAAAAAGAUGGCGGAUCUCCCAUCACCGGCUACGUCAUCGAAGCGAGAAAGAAAUACGGGCCGUGGGAGGUCGCUGCAACCGUCCCCGGCAACAAAACGACGGCAACUGUUCCCGGAUUGCAAGAAGGCGAAGAGUAUGAGUUCAGAGUCAUCGCCGUCAACAAAGCUGGAAACGGUGAACCGAGCGAUGCAUCUACCCCUCAAGUGGCUAAAGCGCGAUUCUGUGCACCGACUUUCGACAAACACCUUCUUUGUGACAAGACUGUCAAGGCCGGACAGAGAAUUCAAUACGAAAUUCCGAUAGAGGCCUCUCCGAAGCCCACGGUCGAAUGGCAGAUCAACGGUAAACCCGUUCAACCCUCUGACAGAAUCGAUAUUCAAGUCCUUCAUAACAGGGUCAUACUAGACAUUCCAUUCUCCGUCCGCACAGAUGGAGGCGUUUAUAAAUUGACUCUCAAAAAUGACCUCGGAGUCUGCUCAGCCUCUGCCCAAGUUAUUGUAUUAGAUAAACCGUCGAGGCCCGAGAAACCUUUAGUCGUAGCGGACAUUACCAAAGAUUCCUGCUCGUUGUCAUGGAAAGUACCACUCGACGACGGCGGCUCUCCCAUCUUGCAUUACGUCAUCGAGAAGAUGGACCUGUCUCGCGGUACCUGGUCAGAUGCCGGCAUGAGCACCUUCUUAUCACACCAAGUUACUAGACUCAUUCACAAGAAGGAAUAUUUGUUCCGAGUUAGCGCAGUAAACGCAAUAGGACAAUCUGAGCCCUUAGAAUUAGAUCGUGCCAUUGUUGCUAAGAAUGAAUUCGAUGAACCGACCGCUCCGGGCAAACCUCAAGCUACAGACUGGAGUAAGAACCACGUUGACUUGGAAUGGACUCCGCCGAAAUCUGAUGGUGGCUCGCCGAUCACCGGAUACAUCAUUCAGAAGAAAGAAAAGGGCAGUCCCUACUGGGUUAACGCGGCUCACGUCCCAGCUAACAAGAACAAAGCUACGGUUCCUGAUUUAGUAGAAGGACAAGAUUACGAGUUCAGGGUCAUCGCGGUCAACCAAGCGGGACAGUCUGAACCUAGUGAACCAUCAGAUAUUAUCACUGCUAAAGACAGAUUUGUCGCACCAAAGAUUCUUACCCCGCUCAAAGAAGUCAGCAUCAAAGCUGGUCUUAUCUUCCACUUGGAUGUUGACUUUAUUGGUGAACCGAUUCCUGAAGUCAAAUGGACAUGUGACGGCAAACCAGUCGUUACUAACGAAAGAACUACGGUUACCUCUGUCGGUCAUCACACAAUUAUUCACACAGUGAACUGUAAACGAUCUGACGCAGGAAAAUACCACCUGUCACUCAAGAAUGACUCUGGAUCUGAUGAAGGCAGCUUUGAGUUAAUAGUUCUGGAUGUACCUGGACCUCCGCAACCACAAUUUGAAUAUGAAGAAAUCACUGCUCAAUCUGUUACAUUAUCUUGGAACGCACCUAAAGAUAACGGUGGUAGUGAACUGACAGCUUAUGUUAUCGAAAAGAGAGAUUUGACUCACGGCGGUGGCUGGGUGCCGGCUGUCACGUAUAUUAACCCACGUAACACCCACGCUACAGUACCCAGACUGGCCGAAGGCACAAAGUAUGAAUUCAGAGUGUUCGCUGAGAACUUACAAGGACGUUCAGAGCCCUUGGUAACAGAUAGGGCUGUAGUAGCCAAGAACCAAUACACGGUCCCCGGCAAGCCUGGAAAACCAGAGCUUUUGUCGGCUGACAAAGAUCACAUUAAGAUCAAAUGGUCGUCACCAAUUUCAAAUGGAGGAUCAAACAUACUGGGCUACGACGUUGAAAGACGAGACAAGGCGACGGGCCGCUGGAUUAAAGUAAACCGAGAACCCGUGCGAUUCAAUGAAUAUAAGGACGACAGAGUACAAGAAGGCCACCAGUAUGAAUACAGAGUAUCUGCCGUUAACGCUGCUGGUGCUGGUCAACCUUCAGAUGAGUCUAACGUAUUUAUCGCUAAACCAAUGAAAGAGAAACCUAAACUAAGCUUAGACCACCUGAUUGGACGUAAGAUUAAAGUGCGAGCGGGAGAACCGAUUAAUAUUAACAUUCCAAUUGCCGGUGCACCAACACCGACCAUCUCUUGGACUAAGGGAUCCAUUCCGCUUGUACCUUCACAUAGACUGUCUUCUGAGACAAAAGCUGAUCUUACUAGGCUUUGUAUUGAAAAAUCUACACGAGAUGAUGCUGGAAAAUACACAAUUACGGCUUCAAAUGAACACGGCAAGGAUUCGGCUGAUAUUGAAGUAAUUGUUGUCGAUAAACCUGGACCACCCAAGGGACCACUUUCUUGUACACCGGUCACUCAUGACACUAUCAGUUUGACGUGGAACCCGCCAUCAGACGAUGGUGGCAGUGAAAUCACUGGCUACAUCGUUGAAGUCGCUGAAUUCGGCGUCAAUGACUGGCGUACAGUAGCUGGUUUCUGUCCCAAAUGCUCGUUCAAUGUUAAGAAUCUGACAGAGGGCAAGAAAUAUGUAUUUAGAAUACGCGCUGAGAACUUAUAUGGUAUCUCAGAGCCGCUAGAAAGCAAACCUAUCAUUGCUAAAUCGCCAUACGACCCGCCAGAUGCGCCUGACACACCUCGAAUCACAGGCUACAGUGCAAACAGCUGUUCUCUAGAAUGGGAGCCACCGAAGAACACCGGUGGAAAGCCUAUCACAGGAUACUAUGUUGAAAAGAGAGAACGAGGAGGCGAAUGGGUGAAGGUCAAUAACUACCCAACUCCCAACACUUGCUACACCGUCCAAGACUUACGUGAAGGCAACCGCUAUGAAUUCCGCGUAAUUGCUGUUAACGAAGCCGGACCCGGUAAACCCAGUAAACCCACCGACUCGAUUGUUGCUGAAACACAGAGACUCAAACCUAGCACUCCUGAACCUCCUAAGCCUGACAGAGUUACUAAAGACUCUGUUACGUUAUCGUGGAGGCCACCAAAGAGCGAUGGUGGAUCCAAACUCAAGGGAUACAUCAUUCAACAAAAAGCCAAGGGCGAUAAGGACUGGAAGGACGUCAACGAUACGCCUAUCCCGAGCUUGGUGCACACAGUACCUAAUCUUAAGGAAGGAGAAGAAUACCAAUUCAGACUCAUCGCAGUCAAUGAAGUUGGCAAAUCUGAACCCAGCAAACCGACAUCGGAUAUCGUCAUCGCUGAACAGCCUAACAAGCCAUGCAUGGAUCUUGGAGGUGUCCGAGACAUUACUGUACGAGCUGGAGAAGACUUCUCCAUCCACGUGCCAUACACUGGAUACCCUCAGCCGACGGCGUCUUGGUUCGCUGAGGACAACCUUCUUGACGUCGAUGGAGAUUCAAGAAUAUUCCAAAAAAUUACCCCAGAAUCGGCCUCUCUCGUCGUCAAAAACGCUAAGAGAUCAGACGGUGGACAGUAUCGCUUACAACUGCGAAACCCAUCAGGAUACGACACUGCUACAAUCAACGUUCGCGUUCUCGACAGACCUGGAAAACCAGAAAACCUGCGCGCGGAUGAGUUUGAGGGUGAAGCUCUCACUUUAUACUGGAACCCACCGAAAGACAACGGCGGUGGUGAAAUCACAAACUAUGUCGUUGAGAAGCGCGAAGCUCGCACUCCAACUUGGACGAAGGUAUCCGGGUACGUCACAACACCGUUCUUACGGGUGAAGAACCUUUCGGUUGGCAGGAGUUACGAGUUCCGUGUAAUGGCUGAGAACCAAUAUGGACAAUCUGAACCGGCUCAAACCCUCGAGCCGAUCAGAGCCAGACAUCCCUUCGAUCCACCAGGAGCACCCGGAGCUCCAAGCUCCGUGGAAACCACGGAAUCCUCAAUCACACUCACAUGGAACAAACCACGUCACGAUGGAGGAUCACCGAUCACUGGUUACAUUCUUGAAAAGAGACUGAUAACCGAGGACAAGUGGACGAAGGCGUCCCACGCACACAUUCCAGACACGACUUACAAAGUCACAGGAUUAAUAGAGAAUCAUGAAUACGAAUUCAGAGUGGCGGCAGUUAAUGCGGCAGGCCAAGGACCAUACUCCGCCAGUUCAGAUGCGAUACGUGCGUGUGCGCCGCCCAACGCACCUAAAAUCACAAGCGACCUUAGUCUACGCGACAUCACAGUUAUCGCAGGGGAAGAAAUUAAGAUCACCGUGCCAUUCACUGGCAAUCCCAGACCGAAGGUAUCAUGGAUCGUGAACAACGAUGAAGUCUUCCCAGAUCACCGCAUUCGUUUCGUCACAUCCGACAUCGACACUGUCUUCUACAAUUCGAGCGCAAAGAGAUCAGACACUGGCUCAUACACCGUCAAACUUGUUAACUCUGAGGGAUCAGACAGUGGAACCUGCAGGGUUCUAGUUGUAGACAGACCAUCCCCACCAGUGGGUCCAAUGGAAGCGUCGGACAUCACACCGGACACUUGUACCGUGUCCUGGAAAGUGCCGCUAGAUGAUGGCGGAUCGCCAAUUACCAACUAUAUCGUGGAGAAGAUGGAUAAUACUGGCGUGUGGUCAAAGAUCUCAUCCUUCGUCCGAGGCUGCCAUUACAACGUGAUGGGCCUGGAGCCAGAACGCAAGUACCUGUUCAGAGUGCGCGCUGAGAACCAGUACGGUGUUUCAGAGCCGCUUACUAUGGAUGACCAUGUUAUUGCUAAGUUCCCAUUCACGGUACCAGACGCACCAGGCGUCCCACGUGUCACCGAUUGGGACGGUUCGACGGCUACCGUCAUCUGGGACCGUCCGAGGUCGGACGGAGGGGCCCGUAUUCAAGGAUACAAGAUCGAGUACAGAGACGUACAGGAUAAGAUUUGGACCAGCGCCGACUAUCUUGUUAAGGACUGCAAUUAUCAGGCAUACAACCUGGAACCCGGCCACGAGUAUGAGUUCCGCGUGCGCGCUAAGAACGCGGCUGGCUUCAGCAAAUACUCCAGUACGUCGCAAGUGUUCAAAGUACGCGGACGUGCCGGACCACCUUCGGCUCCGAGGGACCCUCGGGUGUUGCGAGUCGGAAGGAACUAUGUUGAUGUGGCUUGGGAUGCACCUGCUAAUGAUGGAGGUGCACGUAUCAGCGGCUACAUUAUCGAAAGACGCGAGUUGUCAAGCUCCGUUUGGGUCAAAUGUAAUGACUACACAGUUCUGGACACCAGCUUCACAGCCCUCAAUCUCAGCGAGAAGGCAGACUUCGAAUUUAGGAUCAUUGCUGUCAAUUCUGCUGGCAAAUCGGAGCCAUCCUCUUGCACAACGCCCGUGAGGACUGGUGAAGAAGUGGGUGGAGCCAAGCCGGAAUGGCUGAAGAAGUUAGCGCCUCAUCUCAACGUGCCCAUGGGCAGACCAUUCACUUUGGAGUGUGUCGCCUCCGGCAGCCCCUUGCCUACAGGCAGGUGGAUGAAGGGUGGACGGGAAGUUGUACUUGGUACCAGAUUUAUAGCGGAAUCCCGCGAAGGUACCCUCCGCCUGAACAUCCUGGAGGUGACGGAAGCAGACGAAGGCGACUACACCUGCGAAGCCUUCAACUCCAUUGGACACAUUUACUGUACUGCCCAUCUCAAGAUUGGAAGCCCACCAAGGAUUACCCGAAUGCCGGGAGACUUGCACUUGCCGGAGCAUGACAACACCAAGAUCAAGAUUCUGUACACGGGAGACCAGCCCGCUGACGUCACUAUCUCUAAAGAUGGCCGUUCACUUAGCGAGUCUGUUCACUUCAAGUUCACAGUGUUCGAUGAUUACAUCCUUAUCUUCAUCAAGGAUAUCACUAAGGAUGAUAUGGGAACAUACAAAGUGACAAUCAAGAACAGCUCGGGAGAGGUAUCCGACACCUUCUCGGUGACAGUUACUGGAUUACCCGGACCUCCCCAAGGACCGCUUGAAGCCACAGACAUCACCAGGCACACGUGCACUCUGGCCUGGAAACCGCCCACUUACGACGGAGGAAUGCCUGUCACCCACUACGUGGUCGAGAGGAUAGAUAUUUCUGGAACAACCUGGAUUACCAUCGCGUCGUGCGUUAGAGAUACCAGGUUCACAGUGCACGGCUUAACCGAAGGACAAGAAUACAACUUCAGGAUUCACGCUGCUAAUGAUAAUGGAAUCGGACCCGCCCUCGAAGGUGUUAAUCCUGUUAAGGCUAAGGCGCCGUUCGACCCACCAUCAGCUCCUGGAGUACCCAAGAUCGUGGAAGUCGGAGGACACUUCGUUCACCUUGAAUGGGACAAACCUGAAAGUGAUGGAGGUGCACGGAUACAAGGCUAUUGGGUAGACAAACGCGAAGUGGGCUCUCAGAGUUGGCAGAGGGUGAACCCUGGUCUCUGCGUGGCCACGCAACUUAACUGCGCCAACCUCAUAGAGGGACGCCAGUACGAGUUCAGAGUGGUCGCACAAAAUGAGGCAGGUUUAUCACCACCCAGCACUAACAGCCAACAAGUGCACGCACAGGAUCCUGCAGCGGCAACUCCGCCAGAGAUAGUGAAACCAUUGAAGAACGCGAACUGCAUCCAGUACCAUAACGCCAAGUUCCAGUGCACCAUCACUGGAGUACCUCGGCCUACCAUCACUUGGUACAAGGGUGCUCGUGAAAUAAUGAACGGCCCCCGAUACCGCAUAUGGAGCGAGGGCGACAACCACUUCUUGACCGUACUAGAGGUGUACGGUGAGGAUGCGGACGAAUAUCAGUGCAGAGCUGUCAACAAGGCCGGUGCCAAGAGCACCAGGGCUGAACUUCUCAUUAUGACUGCACCAAAACUAAACGUCCCACCACGCUUCCGUGACACGGCCUACUUCGACAAGGGCGAAAAUGUCGUGAUCAAGAUUCCUUUCACCGGACAUCCGGUUCCCAAGAUCACCUGGGUCAGGGAGGGAGAGACCAUCGAGUCUGGACUGCACUAUCACGUUGAGAGGAAAGAACGUCACGCUAUAUUAACAAUUCGUGACGCGAGCAAACUGGACUCUGGCCCCUACCGCAUCACGGCUGAGAACGAAUUGGGACAGGACUCUGCCAGCAUUCACAUCGAGAUUAGCGAUCGUCCGGACCCACCUCGCUUCCCAGCGGUAGACAACAUUGGCGUGGAUUCACUAGCUUUGAGCUGGCGUGCUCCACUAUGGGACGGCGGAUCGGAUAUCACCAACUACUUGGUUGAGAAACGAGAACACCCUAUGUCUAGCUGGAUUAGGGUUGGCAACACCAGGUUUACAACGAUGGCAGUAACAGGUCUUGCGUCUGGCAAACAAUACGAGUUCCGCGUAUACGCCGAGAACAUCUACGGACGUUCGGAGCCAAGCGAACCCACGUCCCUAGUACAAACUAAGUCUAUUAUUAAGAAGGAGUUCAAGAAGAAGGAAUAUCCUGUGGACGAAACCGGCAAACGUAUACGAACGAACGCAGACCACGGCCCAGUGAAGGAUUACGACAGCUAUGUAUUCGAUAUUUACAGCAAAUACGUGCCGCAACCAGUCGAGAUUCAAACUUGCUCCGUUUACGACAAAUACGACAUCUUAGAGGAGAUUGGCACAGGUGCAUUCGGCGUGGUACAUAGAUGUCGCGAGAGAGCCACCGGAAAUAUAUUUGCGGCUAAAUUCAUUCCCGUCACCGGCGCUAUGGAGAAGGAAUUGAUUAAGAAGGAAAUAGACAUUAUGAACCAGCUGCACCAUAGGAAAUUGAUCAACCUUCAUGAUGCAUUUGAAGAUGAUGACGAGAUGGUGCUGAUAUUUGAAUUCUUGUCCGGUGGUGAGUUAUUCGAGCGAAUAACCGAACCCGGCUAUAACAUGAGCGAAGCCGAGGCAGCGCACUAUAUGAGACAAGUCUGUGAAGGAGUCAAACAUAUGCACGAACAAAACAUUAUUCAUCUGGAUCUGAAACCUGAGAACGUCAUGUGUCAGACCAGAACUGGUACUGACGUUAAGAUCAUCGACUUUGGCCUGGCCACGAAAUUAGAUCCCAAUGAAGUGGUCAAGAUAUCGACUGGCACUGCUGAGUUCGCAGCCCCAGAGAUCGUGGAGCGAGAACCGGUUGGCUUCUACACUGACAUGUGGGCCGUUGGAGUUUUGGCCUACGUCUUAUUGUCUGGACUCUCGCCAUUCGCGGGUAACAACGACAUCGAGACCCUGAAGAACGUGAAGGCCUGCGACUGGGAGUUCGACGAGGAAGCUUUCCAGCACGUAUCUGAUGAUGCCAAGGACUUCAUCAGGCGGCUGCUGGUUAAGAACAAGGAAAAACGUCUGACAGCCCAUGAGUGCCUCAUGCACAAGUGGUUGGCGGGUGACGCAUCCGCUUCUAGGACCGCUACUAUCGCCGCCAGACGCUACGAGGCUAUGCGGGACAGGCUUCGUAGGAGAUACGAGAACUGGUCAUCAUUCGUCCUGCCGAUCGGAAGGAUCAGCGAAUAUAGUUCUCUGCGUAAACUUCUUAUUGAGAAAUGGAAGAUCUACGAUGGACAAUUCGAUCGUCGGCAAGCGGCGCCACGGUUCGUGAUAAAGCCCCAAUCAGCCUUCUGCUACGAGGGUCAAUCCGUGAAGCUGUACUGCCGUAUCAUCGCCUGCGCCGCCCCAACCGUCACCUGGAGCCACAACAACAGGGAGCUCCGCCAAUCCGUCAAGUACAUGAAGAGAUACGCGGGAGACGACUACUACUUCAUAAUAAACCGUGCCAAGUUGGAAGACCGCGGCGAGUACAUCAUCCGAGCGGAGAACCACUACGGCUUCAGAGAGGAAGUUGUCUUCUUAAACGUACAACCGGUACCUAAAGUACAGAGACAGCAUGUGCCAGAAGCUCCUCGUCGCCGCGAGCCCACCCCGUACACCUUCUGGCAAGAAAGCAGCGAGACCGCUCCAUCCUUCACCUUCCAGUUGAGGCCCAGGGUCAUGCAGGCCAGGGACACUUGCAAGCUGCUAUGCUGCUUGAGUGGAAAACCACCUCCAACUGUCAAAUGGUACAAGGACAAACGCGAGCUAUCGAAGUACGACUACGCGAUGUCGAACUCCGACGGCGUGGUGACGAUGGAGAUUAUCGACUGCCAGCCCGGGGACAGCGGGAAGUACUCGUGCGUCGCCACCAACGUGCACGGCACGGACGAGACUUCAUGCGUCGUUAUUGUCGAGGGUGAAGUAGUGAGCGAGGAACAAGCGGCCUUAGCCCACAACUUGCUGCAUUCAGGCGAGAGACGAUACAUCGAGAAACACCUUAAGCCUGCGCCUGUGCCGAUCAUUACUAAGACUAAGGUGACAAUUGACCCCCCAAGCAAAUCCACAACGAUGAGGCCCAAAUAUUCACCACAGAGCUCGGUAGAGGCCAGCAAGAAGAAAUAUGGCUCCAAACUUGACUCGGAUUCUGCGUCUCGGUCGAGAAGUGCCACAAAGGAAUUAAUAUUGCCAGCGGCCGACGCGAGCAUGUGCGCGCCAUCGUUCGCGCGCGCUCUGCCGGACGCGUGGGCGGCGAGGGACGGCGCGCCCUUGCUGCUUUCCUGCUCGGUGCGGGGAGACCCCGACCCUCGAGUGGAGUGGUUCAAGAAUGGGCAGCCGUUGCACUCCUCUGAGGUUGUUGACCUUAAAUACAAGAACGGCGUAGCGUCGUUGGCCAUCAAUGAAGUGUUCCCAGAAGAUGAGGGUGUGUACUCUCUGAAGGCAAUCAACAGUCAGGGAGAAGUUGAGACCAAAUGCAGCGUCAGUGUUAAAGCAUCAGACGGAGGUGCCAGCGCGAAGUUGGGCGACAAACCUCCGAGGAUAGUGGAUCAUGCCAUCUCGCAGAUCGUCAACGAUGGAGAUGCUGUCACAUUGUCAUGCAGAAUAACGGGUGCCGAUCGUUUCGACGUCGUCUGGCUGCACAACAACAAGGAGAUUAAGCCUUCGAAGGACUUCCAGUACUCCAGCGAAGCCUCCAUUCACAAACUACACAUCGCUGAGAUAUUCCCAGAAGACGCUGGUGUAUACACAUGCGAGGCCUUCAAUGAUGCGGGUGAAUCAUUCUCGUCGUGUACGUUAGUCGUUCGUGUUUCGGGCGAAGAGAUCACUACGCCCCAAUACACCAGCUUCCCUAACUCCACGACUACAGUUAGCGCUGAGCCGGCUGCCUUCAUAGCUGAGUUGGAGAAGCCACCUCUCCAACUCCAAUGGUUGAAGGACGGCAAACCCAUCGACGAAACAUCAACCCGCUACAGAUUCACAAUGGAAGGCAACUCCAAGUACCGCUUUGAGAUCGCCUCCACCUCGAGCGACGACAGCGGCCAGUACCAAGCGCGCGCCGUCGGCUCCAAGGGCGACUCCUUCGCGGCUUUCUACCUUAACGUAGUCGACAACUAAACGACACUGACUGACAUAUAACAUUUAAAGUAGCGGCCCCGGCAUGGCACCCUGCGCGACCCCAUGAAACUCUAAAAAAAAACGCUAUUUAUUCGAACUUUUCAUACGAUUUUUUAUACUAUACGGAGUCUUCGAAACUCGUUUAAAUAUAUUAUAAUUAAUUUUAAAAAUAUUUAUUACUAUUUAUUAAGUAAUUUAAGUGUUACCCUAUCGAAUGCCUACGAGAAGCUUGGAACGUUUCGCUCUAGUCAUUAAAUGUUUAUUUAUUGUCCUCUAACAUGCAGCUUCUGGAGAUUUAAGCUUGAAAUUAAUAUGCGAAGAUUAGAAUCGAACCGACGACCCUUUGUCCAGUAUUCCGUUCGCCACCACGGAGUAAGUUCAAAUGGUCGCCAGUGAAUCGCAAUCUUUAUUUUUUACAUAACAUGUAAUAUUAAAUUGUAAAUAAAUAAAUUUAUAUCAUGUGACCGCAAUUUAUAAAUAAAUAUGUAUACUUAAAAA